AGCAGCAGGUUUGCUGAGACGCCACCCAGCUGGGGAAUGCACCUGCCCGGGCAGGAGGUGAGGGCUGCCGCCGGACCUCGGUGCUGCCGCGGCACCAGGAAGGGGAGCCUCGCCUGGGUCUUGGCAGGCACUCGCAAGAGGAAGGGAAGAGAUUUUCCCCGUGGGCUCCCUCGUUAGCUGGAUCCAGUGGAAGGAAAGCCAGGAAAAACCAUUGCUGCCAGCCUGGAGCAGGGAAGUGCCAGGUUGUCGCAUGUGGGCAGCGUCUGCUGCAGGAAGUCUUGUUGGACUCUCCCAGUCUCCAUGAUGCUUACGAAGUCCACAUAAAAGCUGCAUAAAACCCUUCCAAGGCUGGAAGUACAAGGAAGUACUGCAGGAGCCUGUCUCAUCCCCAGACUGCCCCUCCUAAACCCUGUGGAUGAAAGACACAGGAAAGGAAGGAGACAGCCUUGGCUGUUCCCCUGUGGUGCUGCUCCAGGAAUGCUCCAUCAUGUUUCACAGCCCUGCCUCAGUGGUGGGCUCAACCCCAGCACAUGGACCAUAGCUCUCCAGGCGGCACCACUGCAAAAGGAAAUUCCAUCAGGAUCCAAAGAAUGAGACUGAGACAUCACUGCUGGACAAAUGCAGCUGCCUUCACCACUGCUGCUGCACUGACCCUCCAUUUGCUGUAAGGGUCCAAAUUCAUCUGUGCCACCUCUGUGCCCUCUUCACCCAGCUGCCCACCAUGCCAGAGCUGGCAGAGCUGAGCAGCCCUCGCACCCCUGCGGAUGCAGACCACAUCCAGAGGAAUAUCUUGGAAGAGCAUGUGGAGCUCUGGUGGUUCCAGGACCCGAAGAAGUCCAUCCUGUGCUAUGGGAUGGCCGUGGUGCUGAUCCUGGCCUGCGGGAUCGGGGGCAUCAUCCUGCUGUACAGCACCAGCAGCCGGUCUGGAGAGUGGCGGCUCGCCGUGGGCACCACACUCUGCCUCCUGGCCUUGCUCGUGCUGCUGAAGCAGCUGCUGAGCUCUGCAAUCCAGGACAUGAACUGCAUCCGCAGCCGGGAUCAGAUCGAGCUCCUGAAAAGCGGAGGCUUCUCAGACUGCCUGGUGCUGCUGCUGAGCGCCCUGGUGCUGCUGGUCUGCGGGGUGGUGCUCACCAUCCUCUCCACCACCACCAUGCAGCUCAGCCCCGCGCGGCCUCUGGCCAGCAUGUUCACCAGCGGGGUCAUCCUCCUGACUGCUGGCAGUGCCAUCCUCCUCUGCCUGCUGCUAUACCUGCUGUGCACCUCGUGCCGCCGGGCGGCUCCUCGGAGCCUGGAGACCGGCGAGAUCCGCGUCUUCACCAUCUCCGGCCGCCUCGCUGGAAACAGGCGGCUGCCCCCCACCUCCAGCAUGGCCAACCUGAUCUGACCCAGGACACCUCUGUGUGAACCUUAGUGGAUACAACCUCUCAGUGAUGGCCUUUCCCCAAGGAAAGGCGAGAGCUGCAGUGUGCCCUGUGUUUCUGUUGGAGAUGACUGGCAUUUGCUUUGCCCCAGGCUGGUGGCACAGCACAGACUCGGGGCGCCUGGAUGGGCUCUGACCUGGCUGGCAUUUUAUCUCCACACAGCCUCCUGUGUCAGCUGCUGCUUGCCUGGCUGUGACCAUGUUACAGAGUGAAGGUGAGCCUAUCCUGUACCCCUGGGAACCCCAGUACUUGCUUGGUUCCUGCAGUAACUGUCAUACGCUCUCCUGGCAGGAGAGGCUGCAAUUGCAGGUGGUAUAAAACCAACCUGUGCUCUGUGCAGAGCCUCCAGCUCCUGAGUGAGGUAGAGCCUCUAGUAGCUGGUGAAUGGCAGGAGAUGUUUUGCAUGUGAGCAGGCACGAGAGAGCCUGGUGGGAGGUUGCAGGGGCUGCUCCCAAAAAAUCAUCAGUGUCUGUGGGAGUGAGUGUGGGAUUUGCAUAGGACUGUGUGUGUCAGAGCCACAGCAUGGCUGGACCUCACAUGAAAUGCUGUUUGUGUUUGCAAUGCCAGGAUCUGUUCCAGUGUUACAUGUCUGCAGCCCACCAUCACCUGUGGUUUAUCAAAGGGGAGAUCAAGCAGUGUUGGUGUCAAGGCCCUGAUGGGUUAUCUGUGCUGGACUGAGUGUUGGGGCUCUGUUAUCAUGCCAGGAUGCUCCAGCUACAAACAGCAAGGUGCAGUCGCUGGGGGAUGGUGAUAGGAUGCCCAAAUCCUAGGGCUGAGGCUGCCCUCUGCAAAAGCUGUGUGAGGGGAGAGUGCUGUGCCCUCCCACAGGAGUUUCCCAUGCAGAGGCACCUCUGCUGCCAGGAGCCCUGCAGCUCAUCCCAGUCCCUGCUUGUUUCCAUGCUGUUUCUGUCUCCCAACUGCUGAAGCUGCUCCAGGACAGAAAAGUUCCUCUACUGUCACUUGGGCCUUACCUGGAGCUUUUUUGGUGUUUCAUCUCUACAAGGUGUCUUGUUUUAUCAUCAUGGUGCCUCUACCAGAGGCAGACUAACAAUUCAUCCCAGGAACUUUUCCUGGGACUUAAGUCUAAUUUACCUGACAAAAUUCUCAUUUUCCUCAUAGACUCACUAACCAUUUCACUGCCCUUUCCAUAGACAUAGAUCCCAACCUCCUGCUGAAGUUGCUCCUGCAUGACCUCUUCCUCUUAGCCAGUUGGUCAGAGCAUGGUGCUAACACCACCAAGGUCACAGGUUUGAACCCCAUGUGGGCUAUUCUCUGAGGAGUUGGACUCUGUGAUCCUUCUGGCCCCCUUCCAGCUCAGACUGUUUUGUGAUUCUUCAUCUUAUGUGCUCCCAUCUUUCCUUCACCUGAGUUGCUCUGCCCCAGAUGUUAGUUUUGCUCAUUAUUUGCCAAGUGUCCUCUGCAAUGGAACAAGACUGAGCUAUUGUUUUUUUGGUAGCAAAUUCAUGUGGAAGAGGAUGGUAGCUGAUUCCCUUGCUAACAGCACAAAUCACUUUCCAUGUUACACCUGGUGGUAGUGUCGGAGCUCACCAUCAGCUGGUCAGUGAGGGCUUCACCCCUUCACAGCUCCAGACCAACCAUUCCCAAUGCAGUGAGAUCUCAUGAAACCACAUAUGUAUUCACCUGCUCUUGCCCUGCUCCUGCUGACUUUCCUCUGCCUGAAGCCUUGGAUUGUUUUCCUCAAUGUAAAGGUAUAUAAUUCGAGCUUUUCUCUCUGUAUCUCUGAUAUUUCUACAUUUUCCUCUGCCACUUUCACAUCAUCUGUAGAUUUUAUUAAACUGCUGUUUCCUAUUCUUUCUGCAUCUCCUCCCUUAAUCUGCCCAGGAGCUUAGAAGGUGGUGGUGAGCUCAGAUCCUCCUUUGCUAAAUCUCUUCAAAGCUGAGCUGUUCUUCCCCUCUGGGCUGUUUGGCCUCAGGUCCACCAGGGACCCCUGUGCUUACACAGGAGGGGACAGGCCAGAGCUGAAUGGUCUUGCAUCACCAUCACCAUCACCAUCACCAUUGCUGCUGCUCUGCAGGUCUGUGUCAGUGCAUGUGCAGUUAUGCUGGCUGCACCCCCUCUGCCGGCACCAGUGGUCCAGCAGUGACUGCCAGCUCCACCAGCCUGCACGUGCUGACAGGCCACAGCUGCCUGCACACCAGCUGUUUUGCACAUCUGGGCAUUUCUGUGAAGAGGCGUGACUGUGCCCAGCUCGCAGCUCCGUGCUGCCUGCAUGUCAAUGUGAAUCCUGUCCCCUCCACAGCCCUUCAAAACAUGCCCCAAGUGCCUGUGACUUGUGCCAGAGAAGGUGAUUGACUGUGGGCCACGACAGCAACCCAAGGAGAUAAUGGCUAAGAACAGGCUGUGCCUGAAGAUGGUGGCUGGGUGUCCAGCUGCCCAGAGAGACAGCCUGUACUGCCCAAUCACUGACUCCCCUCUGCAGCACAGGUGCUGGUUUGUUUCUUGGUUCCUGUGUUGUGUGUGGACAUACAUAAUAAAGUGUUAAAGAAGUUGAUGUUGAAGGCUGAUACUUGAAUGCAGGCCUCUCUGCGGAGCAAAGGUGUCAGGGCUGGCCUCAGCCCAGGGCAGUAAUCACAACAGCCCAGGGUCCCUCGUGUGGCUGUGGUUUUGGAGCACCAGCUACUGGUGUCAAUGCCGCUACAGCCCCAAAAAUGCAUGUACUUCUUUCAUGAUACACUAUUCCCACCUCCAGAUCCAUAUUAAUCUCUCUCUGCUUAAGAACCCAGAUGUAUCCAGAUCCCCUUAACGCUGCUCUGGGAACCUGAGACCUCACUAUGCCCCUGAAAGAUGCUCGCAUGGAGCACACAAAGCCUCCUGAAUGUGUAGUGCUGGCUAGCUUGUUUACAGAGAAGCUGUUUCACCCUGUGGCAGGGCUGAGCCUCACACCUGGAACCAGUCUGCCUGCAUACCUGCUCCUGCUCCAGCCAGCCUCAGCCAGGCCCUCAUGGCAGCUUCCUGGGUGAACCCCUGGAGAAGGAUCCUCCUUUUCAUGCUCUGACCCCUUGUAUUCCCAGCUCUGCAUGCCAGAUGUAUUUCCCCCCAAACAUGAGUUGCCAGGUUCCUGUCUACUUGCGCUGCAGCUGCCUGAGGGCAGAAAAUGCGCACACACACACACACACAGAUGCAUACACACAAGAAAAUCUGCCAUGUCUGCUUGGCUAAAAAAUAAACAGGUGGACUUAUGAGCAGGGUCAAGGUAGACAAGCCAUCCAACCACUAAGUGCUGAGGGACUGGUGAGUAAGAUCCUGGACAAAUAAGCCUGGGCACUUGUAUUUUAACUUCUUUUAAGACAUCACCGAGACUAAAAAGAAAAGACUGCAUCUAGCAUGAAUUCAUGUGAGACUGAAAAGCAUGUUGAAAAGCCCAGAAAAUACCCUACAAAUGAUAACUGAAAUGCUCUUUCCCAGCCUUCAGAUUUAAAUCUCUUAGCCAAAAGAUAUUAGAAACUUCCAAAAAUACAGUGUAUAGUGUAUUUUCAUAGGUAGCUGAUGAGCCCAGAAGGCAAAUUAUGAGACAGUAACUGAAAAAGUAAAGUUCACUUUAUAAAUAUGGCAUUUAAGAGCAAAAGCUGGCUGACCACUGAAAGAAGCCAGCAGGUUUUCCUCCUGCUCAAGGCUUCAAGUGGCACAUUUGCUCUCUAGCCUGUCUCAUCCAUCCAAUGCCUGACCCAUUUUUCCCCUUUGGUUUGCAUUCUCUGAGGUGUAUUAUUUACCCCUUUUAUACAUUGAAUGUUUUAAUGAGUGGAGAAAUAGAAAGGCAGUUAGCAGUGAAAUAGAGAUUUGAAGGAGGUGGGAGAAUUAGCUGUGUGGCAGACCUUUGAGAAAUGCUGUCCUGUGUUAUCUCAUGCUCUGGAGCAUGACGAAGAGAUUCCUGAGCUAUCAGGGAUGGUAAUGACUGGGCUGUGCCCUGGGAAAUCUUCCCAAUUGGGUGGUACCAGCCUUAUGAAUCACUUACUAAAGGUGAAUGCCACUGCUGCUCCCUGCUUUUAACUCCAGAGCAACCCAUGAAGGCACGACCAACUCCAGCAGAAAUAACUUGCAGUUACCCGUCUCUCAUGUGCUGUUCAUCAUACCACAAAGAUGACAGGAAUGUAAAAAUUAUUGCAUUCGUACAACUCCACUGUUGAAGAGACACAUGGAACUCUGUAAUGGGUGCUGGGGGAGAGGGUCACCUUGCCCCAGCGCAUGGGCCUGGCACUGCAACUGGCAGCACUGACGAGUUUGCUCAGUUCUGCAGAGCUGACAGGGGAAAGGUGUCUUUUAGCUUGUCUUCCUGGAGAGGAAAGAGAGAAAAGAAAGAAGGGCCGUAGCUGGAGAGACAUGCACAGAAACCCUGUGAUGGUGCACCAGGGCUGCCUGCACCACAGCAGGUGAAAUAUUUGUAUGGACAAGAGGACUCAUUGUGCCACAGAUGUGGUC